ACUAACGUUGCUGCGGGGGAACUAGUUGUCGAUGUGGUUGUCGAAGGUGUCGCUACUGAAGACGUCAUCGUCGAAGAUGUCGCUGCCGGUGACGUUGUGGCGGAAGAUGCUGUCGAUACGUCCAAGGCCAAUAACGAUAAGAAGCUUCUCCUCAUGCGCGCGAAGGCACGGCUCUUUAACAAUGCUGUGCAUUCUACCUGCCUAUCUGAACGCCCCCGAGUACUUCAGGCAAGACUCACGAAUCAUAGUCUCCGAACUACCGAAGUCCAAUUGGCGCCUGACCGUCUGGAAGAACGCCACCGGGGUCGCUGCACUCUGUGGCACUCUCUUGUCAACAGUCUGUACCAGCACCCCCUGGUUCUCCUAACGCCAAAAGUGACAAGAAGGAUCGCGACUCCUGAUAACACUUUCUUCGCCGGAUACGGCUAUGCAGCCAAGACUGUGGCUGUAUUGGGGGCCUGA